UUCAUCUUCUUGUAAAACUACAGAAGAAAACAACUCCCUGGAUGUAUUUCCAUAUCUAUACCACUUCCCAAGAGGCCGUGCUAUCCAUCUCCUUUACCAAAAAAUGGACAACAAUGGGUUUUAACACAUACCCAAUCCAAAAUCCCAAGGGUUUUAUUUAGUAUAGCCACCGCAAAAUGGGGGAAUUCGGCUCUCCUCCAACUAAUACUCACACUCACCACCACAACCACCACCGUCAUCAUCAACUUCCCUUCACGGUCGGCUCUGAAAUCGAGGUCUCCAUCGAUGAAGAAGGCUUCAAAGGCGCCUUGUUCAGAGCAACCAUUUUGAAGCUCCCCACUACAUUUCCUCCUUCAAAGAAGAAAAAGGCUUUAGUUGAGUACCAAACUCUCGUCACUGAAGACGGAUCUACCCCUUUGAAGGAGCAUGUUGAUGCUCUUAGUUUGAGGCCUCUGCCUCCUGAUACUGCCGAUAAGGAUUUUCAGGAAUGCGACAUUGUUGAUGCAGCUGAUAAAGAUGGAUGGUGGACUGGGGUUGUCUGUAAGGUUUUGGAGGGUGGUGGCUACUCUGUUUUGUUCAAGAAUCCUAUGCAUGUCAUGGAUUUUCAGCGAAACCACUUGAGAUUGCAUCAGGAUUGGGUUGGUGGCAACUGGGUUGUUCCCCAAAAGAUGGAUGCGUCAAUCUUGAGAGAUCAGUUGAGUAUCAUUUCUGAGGAUGCUAAUGUACCUGAGAAUGUCCAGCGCGAAAGCUUAAAAGGUACUGAAACUAUCAAUGGAAAGGAAAAUUCUUAUACUGUAAACUCAAGAAAUGACGUGAUGGAAAAGCCAGGUGUUUAUGAUGAAAGUUCUGCCUCAUUUGCCUUGACCUCGAGCAAGAGAAGAAGAAGUCUCAGUUCUAAGUCGAGAGUUUUGAAUCCUUUAAAGAAGUUGAGAGAAGGAAUUGUUCUUGGGACACCAGUAGCAGAUGGGUCGAGGAUGAUAGAAAGCAAAACAUUGAGGGGAAAAGCAUUCAAUAAAAGUGCCACACCAAACAGAGAUCGCAGAAGAAGAAGCUACCUAAAUUUUCAUUCUGACGAUGAUAGUGCUUCACCUAAUAGCUUUGGGAGUCCCAGAGGAGGCAAGAAACCGAGAACUAAGGAAGAUGUUGAUGGAAGUGAUAAGUUGAAAGAGCAAGGAUUAAGUUCAAUAAAUGGUAACGGAGGAAACAAAUGUAAACGAAGUCAACAAACUCAAGUUACAGAUAAGGAGGGGAAAGAAGAUUAUGAUGUCUUAGAGAUCAUCCCUAAGGAAGUGACUACAAGCAAUGAAUCUGAAAGGAAUAGACAUGUAGCUUCAGAUGGAAAACAGACACCAGUUAAAAAUUCUCUUCACAUUCCCAAGGAGGUUGGAGAUGGGGAAGAAGAUUCAAAUAAUCAGGCAACAGAGAAGGGCGUGGAACCUGAGCAGCAAGAAGCUACUGAAAACAGUGAUAAAGAAGCUACUGAAAACAGUGAUAGAAGAAAGAGGGGAAGGCCUCGUAAAAUCAUGCAGGAAUCUGGGCAGCAACAAGCUAGUAAAAACAGUUACAAAAGAAAGAGAGGACGACCUCGAAAAUUGAUGAUAGUUCCAACAACUGCAGAAGAUGUGGAGCAAGAUGGAAGUGGAUGGAAACCCGAGAAAGCAACUAUAAAAAGUUGUGUAACUGCCAAAAGAACCAAAAGAAAAAAAGGCUUUAGGAAAAUGCCAAUGUAUUUUGUGGAUUUUCAAGAUCUGAACAGAAGGAACGGGAACAAUGUCUCAGCAUUCAAGACAAAUGGCACUGGAACUAACAGUGUCGACGACGAUGAUCGACCACUGUUAUUGUGGCUUGGAGGAAUGCAAGGUUCAGCAAGCAACAACUCAUUGAAAUUAGGACAAACAUCUGGUUCUACAUCCAAGCGAAGGACAAAUGGGAGUGAACAAGUAGAUGGUGUGAAUGAAAUGAGAACAGUUGAUGGAGCGCCUGAAAAUGAAGUGGUCAAGAAUCAAGGUUGGCCUUUUGUAAAGAAUUCACCUGUCUGGAGUGCCAUUGAUUCUUUAGAAGUCUUCAAGCAAAUCCCACAAAAGCCUCAUUUCCACCCUUUAAAUACAUACAAGGAGGAAUGUCGUGAAGGAUUGGCCAUUGGCUGUAUGGUAACUUUUGCAAGUUUGGUUGAAAAGAUAACCAAACUACAGUUCAGUUAUCCAAGACAUGUUUUUGAAAGCACAUUGGCCAGUCUAUAUGACUUGGAGCAACAUGGAUUCGAUAUUUCAAUGCUCUGCAAUCGAGUGAAUGAGCUACUAUUUAUCAAAGAUACUGAAAUGAGAUACAUAGAGGAAACAAAAGUAGCAGAGAACAAAAUAUUGGAGCAUACCGAAAACAAAUCUAAGCUUGCAGAAGAAAGCAAGGCUAUUGAACAGAAGAUAACAGAGCUGCAGAGGAGACAAUCAUCGAUUAAACUUGAAAUAGAGACUAAAGAAAAUGAGAUCCAGGCACUGCAAUCACAUGUGGAGACCAUCAGAGAAUGUACAAUGAAUACUAAGCUACAUUUUGAGAACCAGAUUGCCCUUCCCUUGUGCCCAGUUUGAACCUUAAGUUCUGAUGUGAAUAUGACAAUAGAACUCCGUUUUAGUUACGUUCCUUGAUCAUUUUGUGAAUGGUAGUUCUGGACCAGGAAGUUAAAUGCUAACAACUAAUCUUUUGUAUAACAUUGAUGCUUAAAAUGCACCGUUUAAAGCUUUAGUUCCUGCUUAGUAUAAAAUGUUAGCAAA